AUGAGCUACUUCCUGGCGGUGUCCAGCUCUCACGGAGAAACGGUGGUGUCCCGCUACCGGGCCCUGCGGGAUGAGAAGCUGCUGUGCGACGUGGUGCUGGUGGCCGAGGGCACCGAGUUCCGCGCCCACCGCUCGCUGCUGGCCUGCGCCAGCGACUACUUCAGGUGCCUGUUCAAGGCUCACACGCGGGAGGCGGGCGCGGCCGUGGUGCAGCUCCAGCUGGUGUCGGCCGGCGGCCUGGGCCGGGUGCUCGACUUCAUCUACACGUCCUGCCUGGUGCUGUGCCCCGACAGCCUGGAGCAGACGCUGGAAGCGGCCAGCUACCUGCAGGUGCCCGAGGCCCUGCGCCUCUGCUCGGUCUACCUGGCCAGCAGCCUCAACACGGCCGACUGCUGCCGCCUGGCCAACCUGGCGGCGGGCUUUGCUCUGUUCGAGGCCAGGCGUCGCACCGACCUCUACAUCGCCUCCAACCUGUGGCGCCUGCUGGAGCAGGGCGUCGAGCGCAGCGGCCUGGCCGACCUCAACCCGGACUCGCUGCUGGCCGUGCUGGACUCCGAGCGGCUGCCCGGCGUCCCCGAACCCGCGCUGCUAGGGCUGGCCCUCGAGUGGCUGGGCCGCGGCCCCGAGCCCGAGCCCCAGCGCUGGAGCUUUGCCGACGUGGUGCUGAGCCGCAUCCGCUAUGGCCUCGUCCCCUGCGCCGAGCUUCAGAGGCUGCUGCUGCACGGAGGGCAGGGUGCCGCCGGCCAGGCUCCCGGCGCCCGCCGCCUCAUCACGCAGGCCGUGCGCUACCACCAUGCCGAGGCCCGCCAGCCGGUCCGCCAGAGCCGGCAGAGCACGCUGAGGAGCGGGCAGAGGCAGCUUGUAGCCGCCGGCGGGCUGCUGCUGCUAGAGCGGACGGAGGGCGACGAGGCGACAGCAGCCGCCACCCCCCGGGCAUACUGCGGCCUGUCGGCCCUCGACCCCCACUCGGGCUGCUGGCGACCACUGGCUGACGGCCCGCGGGUGCAGGGUCACUGUGCGUGCGUACUGGGUGACUUCUUGUUCGUGCUUGGCGGAGAACUGUUGGACGAGGCCGGGGAGUCGGGUCUCAGCGGUCCGAAGCUGUUGCCCAGCCGCCGCGUGUUCCGCUACGACCCCCGCUCCAACAGCUGGAGCCGGGCUGCCAACAUGCUGAAGCGGCGGGCGCAGUUCGCCUGCUGCGUGGUGGGCGAAAGCAUCUUCGCGCUGGGAGGCCGCUGCGGCGCCGGCGAAGCAUCGCUCUCGGCCGCCGAGCUGCUCGACCUGGGCGGCAGCGGGCGCUGGGUGGAAGCGGCCGAGCUGCCGCAGCGGCUGCACGGCCACGCCUGCGCCGUCCACGCCGGCACCAUCUACGUGUCGGGCGGGCGGCCGGCCGGGCAGGCCGAGGCCUGCAAGGAGAUGCACAGCCUGGCGCCGCAGCCGGGGGCGACUUGGCAGCGCUGCCCGCCCAUGAGCAUCGCCCGCUUCGGCCAUCAGAUGGUCACGGUGGGCGAGCGCAUCUACUCCUUCGUCGGCAUGUACGAGCCCUUCUGCGACAUCGAGUGCUACGAGCCACCGCGGGCCCAGUGGCAGCGCCUCCGCCCUCUGCUCUUCGACCGCUCCUGCUACGGGCUGGCCGUGCUGGACGACACCGUCUACCUGGUGGGCGGCAAGAAGUGGCAGCAGGGCAGCGAGGUCCCGACCCGGAGCGCUGUGGCCUACGACCCGGCCUCCGACAGUUGGAGGGAGGUGUGCCGGCUGCCCGUGCCCCUGUACGCCGCCCAGUGCGGGGUGCUGCUCCUGCCCGAGCUGCCCGACGCCCAGUGGAAGUCAGGCCUGCAGUAAUGGCUCUACAGUGGGCGGCUGGGCCACUACUGCCACACCGGCCAGACGCUGGGCUUUGCCUUCCGACCAGACAGAUCAUUCCAAGCGUGAGGGUCGCAUAGAUGGGAAAGCAAUGCAGAAUAUAGUGUUUCAGUAACGGAGAGAGUGCAGUGUAGGUCGUCUAAUAAAAUGACUGAAACAUUCAA